UCAUAUUAUUUGAUAUCUUCCCCCAGUGCCAGUGCCAGUCCCAACAGCCAACAGCAAAAUAUUGCAUACAUCGGCAAACGGAAAAGACAGCUCAGCUAGUAUCGAGAUACCAACCGAAGUCGCCGCCGCCGCUGCCGCUGACGCGAUGAAUAAACGUCUAUAUAUCGGACAGAUUAAUAAUUAUAUUUUAUGAGAACAUAUCUGAUACAAAGUUUUUUCCAUUGCAAAAACCUUUCGAAAAUCCUUGUAAACCUCAAAUUCAAAAUAUAUAAAGCCUAAUUUCUAACCUCGAUUACAAAAAGCUAUGUAGGAAGCUAUUCCGAAAAGUGACAAAAAGAGUGCUAACAUAAAAUCACCAUUAAUGUUUUGUGUACGGAAACAAAAAUUAAAGGAUUGUGUAGGUAUUUAAUUUUAAUUGCCUGAAGCAAUUCUACCGAGUUUAGGAAUGGAAAUGGGAAUGGAAAAAUGUAUCUAUUCACUUUGAAUAGGUACCUACAUAUUCACUUGUGAAAAGUCAAAAGAUAUAACCUUGAAAAACGUUUGAUCCAGAGCAACUAUACUCUUAUUGCGGAUAUCCUACAUCGCCAUAUAGUUUAUUUUUUGUUUUUUUAUUUUUAUCCUGCAUUGUACUUUUACUGGCACAGAUACGAGAUACUAUGUCGCCAUCGCCUCUGCCAUCGCCUCUGCCAUCACCAUCGCCACUACCGACAUUGUGGAGUCCUUCUGUCUCAUAGAUUUAUAACGAUUUAUUGUUGUAGCUUGAGCUUUUACAUAGCUCGACUCGGCUUUCGCUCGGCCAUAGGCAUAUUUUUAUCGCGAAAGGAAGUAGGUACCUACAUUUUUUGUUUUGUUCUUGCUUUAUCAAGAAAAUGUUUAAGUUUUAUUGUUGUGCUGAGUAAAAAUGUUAAAAAUAAACAUUUUGAUAAAAUGCAAAAAAAAAGUCAAAGUCGAAACCGUUGAAAAAGUUCUUCACAUUCAGCUUCAGAAUAGAAGAAAAGAAAAGAAGUGUUAUUGUUUGUGUUUAUCUCCAAAGUAACAUUAUACCCAAUCCUACCCUAUCAUUGUUUUGGUUAUGCUUAUAAUAGAUACUUACCGCUACAGCACAAAUUUAUGUUGUAAAAUAAAACAACAGCUCAAAAAACGGACAUAUGGUGUAUUAUGUGGUGUUUCUGCGGUAACAUAGUUCUUUCUUAUGUGCAAAAGGUGUAAUUUUAUACGAAACGAAUAAAAUAUACAUGAUAAAGUGCAUUUGGUAUUAAUAAUAAUAUUGUUGCUAUAGCCGAGCCUUUAAUGCUAUGGAAACAUAAUGACAACAAAUAUUAAAAAGAUCUCAGUGGUUAAGUUAAUAAAUAAAUAAAUAAAAUAAUACAAAUCUAUAGCGCAACAGAAGAACAAACAUACAUUCAAUACUUGCCUUCCUGUUAAAAAGUUUCAACAACCCUCUGAAGUUAAUCUACGCUUUUAAGUUUUAUAAAAAAUAAAUCCAACUCGACUGUGAUGCAUUGUUGUUAACGUUUACUUAGCAUUGGAUAUAAACCGUGGAACGAUUUAGACUUAACUAAUUAAGAACAAAAAUAAAAGCACAAACACACAAAAUGGCGAUAGCAAGAUCCUUCAAAAUGUACCUGACUAUAUUCAUAGCAACAACAUGCUUUUACAUGGUGCUGUAUCAGUAUCAUAUUUCCAAAGGCAAUUCUGUGCUACCAGCAGAGGAAAUAAAGGCUUCUAAAACACGAGCCAAAAACAGAUCACUUCAAAAAUACAGUGUUAAUGUUGGAUCAACUCCAUCGGUAGAAUCCCUUGGGACCAACAACAUCAGUAACUACAUUAUAAAAGAUAGUACUCCAAGUGCUACCACAAUAACUACUCCUACCACCUCCAUCACCACAAUCAUAUCCACCAACGCCCAUACAGUCAAAAACAAAACAGCUGAAAAUCUACCCCCUCCAUUGUAUAUUAUUACCCCAACUUAUAGGAGACCUGAACAGCUUGCCGAGUUAACUAGGCUAGGAUAUACCCUCAAGCAUGUUGCCAACCUAUUGUGGUUGGUAAUCGAAGAUGCCAACAAGACAUCUGACUUAGUUAGCAAAACUCUCAACCGAAUUGGUAUUCCCUAUGAGUAUUUAAUUGCUCCUAUGCCAGAGGAAUAUAAAAAAAAGAACAAAGCGAAGCCUCGUGGAGUUUCGAACAGAAAUCGAGGCCUGGACUGGCUGAGAGAAAAUGCAACCGAGGGAGUUUUUUAUUUUGCUGACGAUGAUAACACUUACGAUAUUUCAAUUUUCGAGCAGAUGCGCUACACGAAGAAAGUAUCAAUGUGGCCGGUUGGUUUGGUAACAAAACUAGGCAUCAGUAGUCCAAUCAUACGAAAUGGCAAAAUAGAUGGUUUUUACGAUGGAUGGAUAGGAGGCCGAAAAUACCCCGUCGAUAUGGCCGGAUUUGCUGUGAACGUAAAGUUCUUACUCGAAAGGCCCAAAGCAAAAAUGCCGUUCAAACCUGGCUAUGAAGAAGAUGGUUUUCUGAAGAGCUUAGCGCCUUUUAACAAUACUGACAUAGAGCUUUUGGCAUCUGAGUGUACGGAGAUCCUAACGUGGCAUACUCAAACCAAAAAGAAUCCUCCAGCGCAGAUAUUAAAUAUGACUAAAUUUCACCACACGAAUCUAGUCAAGCUAGAUGUAAGUUUAAUUCGCACAUAAAAUUUAGAAAAACAAAUAAAAACAAGGCAACGUUAAAGCUGAUUAAGUGGUGUACAUCGCUUUCGAAUUUCUGUUCAAAAAAUAAAAUUCAAUGCAUUUUUGAAGAGUAAACAAAAAUACGAUAGAGAUUUUUUAUCGAUUGGUGAAUAAUAAUAAAAUUUAAAGUUGUCUAUCACUAUCAGUAUUACAAAAAUAAUAACCGCAAUAUUCUCUCUGAAGUAAAACUACAAUCGAUUUUCUACUUAUUCCUUGAUUGAAAAGUACAUAGUAUACUGCUGCGAGAGCUAUUUUUUAACUACAAGUUUUAUAAAAUAUUUACACUUACUUUUCAAAAUAAUAAAAAAGAAAUAAACAAACAUUCCUAUUCAACAAAUGGAAUGCUAAAAAAAAGCAAAUAUUAAAUCUUUUAAAUUACUUUUGGUACUUAAAUUAACUCUGUAUAUUACUGUAAAAUUAUUUAGCACUAGUGUUUAAUAUUAUUAUUAUAACUACUGUAAAUUAGAUAGGAAUUAUAAAUUUUAAAUUUUUAAAGCACUAAUUACAAAUUAAUACUACUAAAAAAUAAAAUUAAAAAAAAAAACUAAUUUUACAAUAUUUUGCUAAGGAAAACAAAAUAAAUCGAAACAAAAAAUAAAAAUAAUUCAAAAUUAA